AUUCACUCACUUACUCCUACUUACUAUCAUGGGUUUCCUCGACGCCUUCUCUAGCUCCCAGACCCAGUACGACAGUUUCCAAAGCGAUGAUGCACCUCACCAAGCUAGCUUGAGCCACGAGCUCCUUGGUGGUGCCGUCGCCUUCGAAGCUGCAAAGGCUUAUGAAGAUCAUUGUGCCAGGAAUGGCAAGCCCCCAAGCCAUGCUUUGGCCAAGGAACUUUUCGCUGGUUUCGCAGGAGCUGCCGUUGACCGUUUGGUCGAGACGAAGGGUGCUGACGCGUGGUCUGCGCACCAGAGGCAGAGAGCCCAGUCGCAUGCUCAGGAGCAGAUCCAGGAAACAUUCACCGAAGAUGUUUACCAGCAGAACUACUAGUUCUGGUGAAAGAGUUAUACCACCUGUCAAAUGACUUGUACUUGAUACUUGAAUCCGAACAACCUGUAUAGCCAUGCAAGGCAUUUCAAUUUCAUGGACGAACCAUUUCGUAUAUACAUUGCGUGCCAAAAUACAUACAUAGCCUGCACAACAACCAUUCAAGAUUCUCGAUUGAUCCAUACUCUAAAUGGCGAACAAAACUAUGCAGCCACGUCACAAACUUAUUGCGCUUUUGUGAGCCACUUUUUCAAGCUCGUUUUACCCAUCUUGUCGACUGCCUUUUUGAUAUCAUCCCAGGUCAAAACACUUCGAUAUCGAGCGAAUCCUGGAGCUAUGCUCGUAGACGAGGCGGUUACGCAUAUGAAUAUUCUUUCACCGAUCAGUCGCUCAAACCCCUGAAUUGUAUUAGACGUCAACAACUAAAAAUAGGCCUAUCAGAAUUCUGGACACACCCUCAUCAGAACUUCCCGAGUACACCGA